AUGACUAUCCUGACCAAACCCAACACCUACAGACUUCUCAUAAUCGAUGAUGACGAAGUCUUCUCGGCAAUGCUGGCUGACUACCUGCGGGCGGAGGUUUCUACGUCACGACGACAACCGACGGCGUAUCCGGACUCGCCGCCGCACUGGCGUGAUGAUACGGAUCGUAUCGUCGGGCUCGAGCUCGGCGCUGACGACUAUUUGCCAAAACCGUGCAACCCCAGAGAAGUGGUCGCCAGACUGCGCGCAAUCCUUCGCCGAAGUCAGUCGGUAACACCAGCGGCCGAGAUUGAUAGCGGCGACCUACAGCUCAAUUCAGCCAGCCGCAAAGCAUGGUCAAAUCACCAGGAAAUGGAGUUAACCAGCACAGAAUUUUCCAUCCUGGAACUGCUGACCCGUGUCGGUGGUUGGAUCAACACCCUCAUGCUCCGCAGUGCCGGCCUGGAGAACUUUCCCGAGGCAAUCCAACAGCGAUUAGUGAGAAACGCCGAACGCAGUGGCCGCCGAAUGAUUGGGGCUUUGCUCUGCUGGACGCUGGCCCGCUAUCUCACCGGACCGAUCCAUCGACUGCGCAAAGCCAGCAACCGGCUCGCUGAUGGUGACUUGUCUACGCGUAUCGGCACGUCUUCAAAUGACGAAAUAGGACAACUUAGCCGUGACUUCGACAGGAUGGCAGAACGCCUAGAGCAAGCCAGAGAUGGACAACAGCAGCUGCUUCGCGACGUCUCACACGAGCUGAGGUCGCCACUCGCGCGAUUGCAACUUGCCGUUGGAUUGGCACGCCAGGCCCAGCUACCAGGACAAGAAUCAACGAUCGAUCCACAACUGGACCGAGUAGAGCUGGAGGCAGAAAAACUGGCCGAACUGAUCGGCGAUAUUCUCGCGCUGUCACGCAACCUCUCGGAGGAUAUCUCGCUGGAUGCAGCCCCGCUUGAUUUGGCAGAACUGGUCAAAGUGAUCAUUGACGAUGCGCAGUACGAGAGUGGCUCGCCGGCGCUCCCACUCAGUUUCGACCCGCCGGAGCAGCCGGUGUUGGUCAACGGUGAUUCUCGCUUACUCAGCCAAGCGGUGGAAAACGUCAUCCGAAACGCCGUCGGACAUAACCACACUGGCACAGCGGUAUCAGUCAGGCUGAGCAUCGAGGAAGCCGAUGCGCUGCUGGUGGUCAGCGAUCAGGGUGUUGGCGUUCCGCCGGAACAACUGGAACAGAUCUUUCUGCCUUUCCAUCAGGUCGAUAGCGCCCGCGACCAGGCUACUCCGAGCUUUGGUCUGGGCCUGGCCAUAGCACGCAAUGCUAUCGCCCGCCACGGCGGGACGAUCAGCGCGCAGAACCGCGCUGAGGGUGGGCUAAAUGUUGAGAUUCGACUACCAAUGACUUUUGGCAAUGGCGAAAAAACCAACGAUGAGGGAUAG